CGAACCACAACUGAUUGACUCAAAAGACUGUCAACCGUCAGAGGAGAAGAUAAAUGAACUAAAGCAAAAUGAUGCAGUGGAUUAUCCUUGCGCUGUCUUUGGUCAUUAUUGGUAUGGCAAAUGGAUUGUGUAUGCCUGAACACGUACAGACUCAGUUCUGUAAUGCUGAUUAUGUUGUCCGAGUCAGAGUCAUGUCUGCUGUAAAGCAUGAAGUACCAGAACUACCGCCUCGACCUACCCCACUGGUGACGACCCAAAACAGAACGACUGACAGCAAUGAAGAUAAAAUCAAAGAAAAAACUACCCAGGGCGUGGCUCCUUGGCGUCGUGGUAAACAAGCCCCAGCCCCCUUCCGCUUCGUUCGGUCCAUUGUCUCAAAUAGAAGAAGCUAUAGGCAGUACCCUUUCUUGGGCUGGAGGUAUCAAGAAAUUAAAAUCAAGAGGAUUCUUAAGGGAGUUGGACUCGUAGAAAACACCCAGAAGACCCACGCCCAGCUUCGUACCAACAAGACUACCAGAUACAGCAGCCGCAUGUAUGUGAGUCCCUGGCUGCAACUAAAACCUGGUAAAGCGUACAUUCUGGCUGGUAAGGUCAUCUCCAAUAGACUAUAUUUGUCCAGAUGUAAUUGGUACUCUGCCUGGGAUAAACUGUCAGCUGGUCAGAUUCGUGAUUUAAAAAAGACCUUCGUACAAGGAUGCAAAUGCCGUGUCCAGUUCUGCUACAAACCAGGAUGUGAAAAAACCAAGGCGAAGGGAGUUUGUAUGUGGAGGCCCCAAGGGUUCUACCCGGUAGAUGACUGUCGGUACCAUCACAGUUUAUGCCGGGUACACAAUGGGAAUUGUCAGUGGGUUGAUAACGAGGGAUUUCAAAAGUGCAUGAAGAAUUAUACAGCUUUAAUACCCUGAAAUUACAGCGCACAAUAUGCGCGAGUAGACAUGGGCAAAACGAACAUUAUCAUUAAUUUGAUACUCGCUAUUUUGUUUCGAUCUGAGUACAAACUAGCUAGUCUUUCAGUCUCGCGUAGUUUUUAUACUCAAGGUGCUAUUGACAGGUAAACGCGCGCGGCUUUUGAAUUUGUGAUUGGUUUAGAGGGCCGGGAAGCCAUUUAAGAGCCACUGAUAAACAGUAGCAUAAAUUUUUUCACCCUUGUCUUUUCUACUAUUUCUUUUUUAAUACCAUAUAACUCAUAAAACUUUACAGUCUAUACAUAUAAAGCUUUUUUAUCUACGAUUUAUAAUAUAACUUUUUAAUGAGUUCGUUUUUAUAUCGCUAGUAGGAUCGAUUAAUUAAUACUGGCGCCAUGUUUGCCAUGCACCAAUAUCUUGAAAAAUCAGUGGUUUUAUAACAUCAGUAUCUUGCCUGUAUUAGUUUAUUAUUUUGUAAGUAUAAACAGUGUUAGAGGAAGUAAAUAGCACUAUUAUCGAUAUUUAAUUCUUUCUUGUCACGACAAAAAUAUAUCCAUUGAAGAUAAUUUGAAAUUGUUUUA